UGAGCCAUGACGGGAACUCCAACAUGGUUUUUUUUCCCCCAGCACAAGCAAGCAGCUCUCCAAUUUUCUGCAGACAUUGACUGGGUGUCAAAUUCAACUUGACUCUGAUUCUGUCAACCUAGAGAUGGCAUCAGAUUCCACAGGUCAAGGGCUUAGUCCUGCAAGAUAGUCCCCACUUCAUAUGCCACACCAUGUUGUCCCCUGUGCCUCUGACCACUUGGGGGUUCCCAUGACCCCCUCCUCUGUUUGGAUUAAUCUGCUAGAGCAGUUCAAAGAAACUGGUUUGCUUACUGGGUCCCUGUCUUACUACAAAAGAUUUUAAAGCAUAUGAAUGAGCAGCCAGAUGAAGAGAUGCACAAGGUGGAGGUUGGAAGUGUUCCAAACACAGGUGCUUCUGUCGCUGAGGAGUUUGGAGCCUGGCAUGUGGAAGCUUUCUGGCUCACCAGCCUGGAAGAGCUUGGAAACCCCUUCUUUUGGGCUUUCGUGGAGGCUCCAACCCUCUAUCCGUGGUUGGUUUCCUAGCAACCAUACCACCAUUGUUAUGGGACUUUGAGUAGUCACCUCAUCACCGUAAGCUCAGUGCAGUUGUAAGAGGCUUGUUAUGAAUAACAGGACACCCCUUUCACCUUCAUGACUCUGAAACAGUUUUAGGAACUGAGGGCAAAGGACCAAAUGUUGAAACAAAAGACGCUCUUAGGAAAUUCUAAGUGUGCUGGGACAAAAAUCCAUAUAUGUAUUUAUUAUAAAGCACAGUACCGCAACUUCCCUCUCAUUCCUUUCGUAUUUCUCGUAAUAGCUGCACUUGGGAGGAGCUCGGCAAAUGCUGGGGUGAGGACCGUAGGCGAAUGGGUGAAGUGGGGCGUUUAACAGCUCUAGUUGGAACCAGAGCGUUCUCUUUCCUACUAACUGCCUGGUUUUCGUCGGAAGACUCGCUCUGGAGAUGUCAUUGCCUUGCACUCAGAAGAGCUGCCGUGACAGUAUUACAGGUGGAAGGAGGUCCAUAUCUUUUUCUCCCGGUGCCUCAGGUGUCUGUGGAAGUGGAGGCAACAGUAAGAAGCAGCUUCUCCUGCAGGACAUAGCUGAGCUGAUUAAAACCAGAGCCUGCCGGCGGGUGGUGGUCAUGGUAGGGGCCGGCAUCAGCACGCCCAGCGGCAUUCCAGACUUCAGAUCUCCAGGGACUGGCUACUACAGCACCCUCCAAAGCUACGACCUCCCCUACCCCGAGGCCAUUUUUGAGCUCUCAUUUUUCUUCCACAAUCCCAAGCCGUUUUUCACUUUCGCCAAGGAGCUGUACCCUGGGAACUAUAGGCCUAACACUGCUCACUACUUCCUCCGCCUGCUGCAUGACAAGGGGCUGCUCCUGCGGCUCUACACCCAGAACAUCGACGGGCUUGAGAGAGCGUCUGGCAUCCCUGCCUCAAAGCUGGUUGAAGCUCAUGGAUCCUUUGCCUCUGCCACCUGCACCGUUUGCCGAAGACCCUUCCCAGGGGAGGACUUCUGGGCCGACGUGAUGGUGGACAGCGUGCCGCGCUGCCGGGUCUGUGCUGGCGUCGUGAAGCCCGACAUCGUGUUCUUUGGGGAGCCGCUGCCCCCGAGGUUCUUGCUGCAUCUGGCUGACUUCCCCAUGGCAGAUCUGCUGCUCAUCCUCGGGACCUCCCUGGAGGUGGAACCUUUUGCCAGCUUGUCUGAGGCUGUGCGGAGCUCAGUGCCCCGACUGCUCAUCAACCGGGACUUGGUGGGGACCUUGGCGAGGCAUCCUCGGGGCAGGGAUGUGGUCCAGCUGGGGGACUUGGUUCAUGGUGUGAAAAGGCUGGUGGAGCUUCUGGGCUGGACCGAGGAGAUGCAGGACCUCAUCCAGCAGGAGACUGGAAAGUUUGAUGGUUGGGACAAAUAGGAGGGCUGUACCAGAAGUGGUUACGUGGGAGUCACUGCCCUCUUCCAACAACGCCUUGUGUCUGAAGAACAGCUUGGGCACAUUUACAAAUUUUGGCUGAACCAGAACAUGCAACUUGAGGUGGCCCCUGGAGUGUCCUUCUAGGUUGUAUGCUCUGUGCAUUUGGGUCACCCAGGCAUAGGGCAAAAGAGCUGCCUGGCCUGACUCUUCACUCUGCUGAAGCUUUUAAUGCCAAAAGCUUUCUUCUGACGGUGAUCCUUCUUGAACUCAGAGACGGACUGGAACCCCAGACUGGACUCUAUCUGAAGGGCGGGCUCAGCAUCUGUCCACUGGAAAGACCCAGGCACAACCCAGGUGUGUGCCUGGGGCCCAGGUAAUGUGCUUGGGUUUUCUAGCACGUUGGUCUGUUUAGUAGGUUCAUUUUUAAGUUUGUCCUUUCUGGCAUGAAAUAAAUUUUAAUAUAGAAAGUG